AUGCGUACUCUUAUUGUGUUAGCUUGUUUGGUUGUGUUUGGUACAGCCAAAAUAACCAUUGAUUUGGAAACGAGUGACGAUGUUAGUGAUUUUACUAUAAAUUAUUCUGGAUUUGAAGAAAAUGUUAUUACAGAUAAGUUUAAAAACUUGUUUAAUAUAGAGAGAAAUAAUUUAAGAUUAGCUGUCAAAAGUUUCUAUGGAUCUUUACCCAGAGACGUGUUCUUGCAAAGUCCGACGCCGUGGGGUGAUUUGUACAAAACGUAUAAUUGGGAGGAAGUUAAAACGAUUUUAAGAGUCAGUAGUGUAAGGUUAAAGAAAAAUUCGUUGAAAAAGACGUCAGUUUUAUCCCAUGAUUUCGAAAAUCCAUCAAAUUUGACGAUCAAAGUUAACGCUGGUCUGAGUCAAUCUGUUGAGAACACUAUAACUACAAGUUGGUCUCAGUCAAAAGAAAUCAGCGUUUCCCAAGAAUUUGAAUACGAUUUGAGCGUGAUUUUUGCCAAAAUUUCCGGUUCAACAGAGAUUUCUUUCACAUCUACUUACGGUAAGAGCGAAGAAAGGUCAGAAACUGUGACCAUAGGCUCAACUAGUGCUGUAGAAAUUGAAUUAAAACCGGGACAAUCUGCUACAGCGGUUUUGACAGCUAAGAAAAGUGAAUUGGAAAUUGAAGUGGUAUAUGUGACCACACUGAGAGGCAAUGUUGCAGUGAAUUUCAGGAGGCCAUACAAGGGACAUCAUUUCUAUGGUCCUUCGGUCAUCGCUGUGUUGAAAAGCGCGGGUUUGGAGACGGAAAUCAUGACUUACGAAACUAUUAAACUUGGCACAUUUAUGGAAGCGUCUUUGAAAGUUUUUGACAAGGAAACCGGGUUGCCAUUGUAG